CAAAUCAUUUUCCUCCGGAGUGCGCCCCGUUGUCCACCCGAUGAGUUCCUAUUUUGUCAACUCAACUUUCCCCGUGUCGCUACCGGGAGGACAGGACUCUCUCCUGGGCCAGAUCCCCCUGUACGCGUCCGGGUACAGCGACCCGUUGAGGCACUACUCCGGCGCCGCCGCCUAUGGAGGCGCCGCCGCCGUGCAGGACAAGGUCUACCCGGCCUCCUACUACCAGCAGACGGCCAUCUACGGCCGGGCGGGCGGAGGAGCGGCGCCGUGCGGAGACUACGCCGCCGCAGCCGGGAGCUUCUACAAAGACGCGGAGGGAUCGUGCGCCUUCUCCGGACGCGACGAUCCGCCGCCGCCGCCGCCGCCGCCGCCUCUCUUUGGCGCGCAGGAUCACGCGCUGCAGCGCAAAGCAGAGUGCGCGGACCCAAGCGCGGACAUGAGCCUGGAGGACAAGUCGGCGCUCAUCUACCCUUGGAUGCAGAGGAUGAACGCCUGCUCGGCCGGCCCGUUCGGCAGCGGCGGCCGCCGGGGCCGCCAGACCUACACCCGCUACCAGACCCUGGAGCUGGAGAAGGAGUUCCACUUCAACCGCUACCUGACCCGCCGGCGCCGGAUAGAGAUCUCGCACGCCCUGUGCCUGACGGAGAGACAGAUCAAGAUCUGGUUCCAGAACCGCCGGAUGAAGUGGAAGAAGGAGAACAAGCUGCUCAAUCCGCCCAAGACGCCCGAGGAAGAGGAGGAGGCGGAGAAGAAGAGUUAAAAUUGGGCGCUCCAAAAAAAAAAAAAAAAAAAAAAAAAUGUGGUUAGAGCUGCUUCCGGUGCGCGCUUUAGAGCCUUUUAUGUUGGGUUUUUAGGGACUAUGCAAACAUGUACAGAACUUGUUCCUUGUCUCGUCCGGUGUUCCGUCUCUACGUGCACGUCCUGUAUCCCCUGUGUAACUGUACAUAAUUAUUAUU